UUUAAUUAAUCAUUAAGAAAUCUUCUUUACAAGUUUAUAUCAGAAUGUUUAAACUCCUGGUUGUCUCCUGUCUCCUAGGCCUGGCUGUAUCUAUGCCCCAGGCGAAGAAUGAGUUAACAUGUGAGAUCUGUGUAGAUGUUAUCACAGACCUGGAUAACUGGUUAACCAGUGAUGCUACUGAACAGGAUAUUGUGGACUUUGUCAAAGAGCUGUGUGCUGCCCUGGGAGUGAUUAUCCCUGAUCUGGAGGAUACUUGUAAUGCUUUGAUUGAAACUCAACUUCCAGGAAUUAUUGACGACCUUGUGAACAACAACCUAAACCCUACUGAAGUCUGCACCAACAUCUCAGCCUGCCCAUAACCAUUUUAUACUUUAUAAAUAUUCUUGUUAUACAGAUUAAAAUAAACUUUACAAAAGUGUA